CCCACUCCCCCCCUCGAUCUGCGAGAUAACAAAUAGCUUUGUAAGAACUUUUGUCUUUAAACUGGGCGGGCAGACCAGUCGACUGCCGUCCAAAAAAGAACCCGCAUGAGCCAGGAAUGACCGUGCCCGCUUGCAACAACGAUACACCGACAGUGUGAACCAGCUCAAAGCUUGUCCCAAAGGUAUUAACUAACCAGAAGUAGGAGGCGCGGAGAAAUCCAUUCAUCAAAGCAGUCUUGUGUAGUGUGGAACACUUGCACUGAUCUGAUCUGGAUUACUGCACCCAGGGACUUGGAGCAACAAGGUACCAGAGAUUUAAGAUACAGCGAGCUUGCUCGAGGAUCAGAGCCGCAUUGAAAUCCAGGUAACACACACGCAAUGGACUCCAAAGACGAGGUGAACUAUAUGGAUUAUACAGACUGGUACAUCGAUGAUCCUGUGGACACUGCUCUUCCCGCUGAGUUAGCUCCGUGCAAUCCCAUUAUCCGAGUUGAUUUGUUUCACAUCUCUGCGGCAGGCGCCUCUGUUGUGGUGCUGGUGUUCCUGUCGUUCUUUGUGAAGCGCAGGUGGAUGUGGAGGAGCUGGUGCCGUGGAGCUCCCGGCCUGUUGCAUCCAGCCGGGCUCCUGGAGAGCGACUGUCAUCGAGGGAUUGCUGCCGCUGUGUUUGGUGUGCUUGUGUGUUCCGUGUGUGCUGUUGCCAUUGACAGCAACCCCCUGCCCAUUGGCCUGCAUUACUCCAAGGAGACCAAAGAGUACUGGAAGAUAGCUGCAUUGCUGUACUACCCUGCUCUGUACUACCCCCUCCUCGCUUGUGCAACGGUCAAAAACAAAGUGGGCUACCUGCUCGGAAGUCUGCUGUCCUGGCUACACUCUGGAGUACUCAUCUGGCAGAAAGUUGAAUGCCCCUUAUCACAAGAGCCAUACAAAUACUAUACCCUGCUGAGAAGCCUCCCGCAGUUCCUGUGUCUGGGGUUUCUAAGUGUCGUCUACCCUGUUUUGUUACUGAGGAAUGGUGAGAAGUCGAGGAAUUCCACGUUGCAUUGGUGGCAAGCCGACGAAUACUACAUGGACUACUUGAGAGUCUUGUUGAAGAAAAGGCCAUCCAAGAACAGUGCGCGCACAGAUCAGUCAUGCAUCUCGUCCAAAGUCAGGACUUUGUUGAGAUCCUAUGUCUACAUCCCGAUGAAAGGUUUCAGAAUUCCACCAAAGUUAACUGUGUCUGUGACGGUGGCUCUGGUCACCGUCUAUCAGGUUGCCCUUCUCCUUGUAGUGGACGUGGUCCCAACCCUGCAGAAGAUGCGCGCUGGAGUCCAUGAAGAGUUCUCCUACGUGCUGGAAGGGUUUGGGAUCAACCUGUCGGAUAAGAGGGACGAAGUGAUCCGAAUCGUCAAAUAUUACUUUUGGAUCGUGGAAGCCUGUUACAUCUCCGCAAUCACUACCUCCUGCUGUUUCACCCUGUCCAUGUUAAUGAGGUCAAUGGUUUUGCACAGGGAGAACCUGCUGAGCCUCUAUCGAGGAGACACGGGCAAAGUCUUCAACGUCCAGAGGCGUAUCAGACCCUCUCAGUCUGCCAUUGUCAGUUGGAUGAGCUUCACCAGCUACCAAGUUGCCCACGUCGCUUUGGGUCUCUCCAUCCAGCUGCUGGUAUUCUUCAUGUGUUUUGGCCUAUUUGCCUUUCUUAUUGUUGUCCCCAUUCUCCACGGGCGAAACCUGUUUCUCUUCAAGAUCCUCGAGACUAUGUGGCCCUUCUGGCUGGCUCUGGUUGUGGUCCUGUUGAUUCAACACGUCCUGGCUCGGUUCCUGUUCCUGCACAAGGACGGCAAAACCCUGAGUAUUACGAACAGACGAGGCCUCUACAUCUUCACGUACCUGUUCUUUAUGUUCAACGUGUUGAUCGGCUCCAUUGUUGCAAUGUGGCGGGUAGCCCUUACAGCGGUCUACAACAUCAUUCACUUCUGCAGAUUGGACAUGAGCCUUCUCCACAGAGGGGUGGAGUGCUUUGACCCGGCCUAUCGAUGUUAUGUCGGCUUCCUGCUGGUGGAAGUCAGCCAUUCACACCCAGUGAUGAAAGCUUUCUGCUUCCUCCUUCUCCGCUCCCAGGACUUGGGGUUGAGUGGAGGCGACAGAUGUAAGAAUGAGGAAGAAGGGAUCCAGCUGAUGUCCAAUCUGACGUUGGCCAAGACGGCCAGGUCCAGGCGUGUGCGGGCGAGGUGGCACUUGGCGUUCACCCUCCUGCGCAACCCAAUAUUGAUCGCUUCCAGGAAGCCGGAUGUCUGCCCGGCCGUGGAUCUAGUUUCAAACGGAGAAUUGAACUCUUCCUCCCGACACAGCCCAGAUGACAAUCUCACUAAAUCUGAACUUUGUGAAAAGGAGUAGGGGGCUCCCAUAUGUUGAUUCUGCUCCCUUAUGAUUCUGAUAAGUUGGUCAAAAAUCUACAGCGGUUUUAACGAUCUUGUGUACAGGUUGCACACUUCCCCUCUCUGUGGACAAGUCACUUCUGGUCCCAUUUCCCCCCCCCCCAAUCCAUGGUUGUUUGCAAAUGCAGGGUUUGGCCACUAGAUACCUCAGCGGAGGUACACAAAAAAGCUGGAGAAACUCAGCGGGUGCAU